GCAUGACGGGUCAGCCAGGACAGCAGCUCAAUAUCUCGCCUAUCCGUGCCGGCCCUCCCUGCAGCACCAAAUGGAACUGGGACCCUCCCUCACCUGCUCCGUGGGGGCCACCUGUCCCCAUCGCCCCUCCUGGUACGACCAAGAUGGCACACGGCAGAGCCCAAAGCAAACCCCGGGUGGGUCUGGGGCAACCGAGCUGCGAAUAUCCCCGUCCCAGCUGGCCCCUGGCGCGGCGCUGAGAUGCCAGUUGGAUGGAUACAGGGAUGAGUGUGACUCUGCCCAAUCCCAGCCCCUGGGGACAGUCGCCCCCAACGUUCCCAGGGUCGAGGUUUCGUGGCCGGCAGGGAAGGCAGUGCUAAGGGAAGGCGACAAUUUUACCCUGCGCUGCCAGGCUGCUGCCCUGCGGCCCGUCACCAGGUACGUCUGGUCCCGCGGGGACGAGUGGCUGCCAGAAGCCAGGCAGGAUUUACGUGUUGACAAAGCAGCCGUCUCCGAUGGAGGGAGCUAUGCGUGCGGGGUCUGGGUCUCCGGCCCCGGCUGGGGGUAUCUGAGCCUCUCUGCGAGGGAAUCGGUCGAAGUUCAGUUCCCCAGGACACCCACGUACAUCAUAGGACUUACAGUUGUGCUUGUCCUGUUAUUGCUGGUGGGGCUGGUUGGCGUCAUAGCUUGGAGUAAGAUGCGGAGCAAACGCCAAGGAAUGAGCAGCAAUCCACACCAGCCGGGCCCGGGGGAGACCCCGGUGUCUGAACAGAUCUAUGAGAACACCCAGCACUAUGGCAUGGGGCAGCCAGCCCACCUGGCCCCACCCAGGCCCCCCAGCGCGACCACCGAGCUGUGCCCUGGCUCUCUGGCCAGCAUCGGGCAAUCCCACAUCUACAGCCAGCCGAUGGACAUGGGAAAAGUACGGCAGGAUGACUCGGACGAGGUUCAGUACUCGACCAUCCAGCUGCAGCCUCCCACCCAGAGAGCAGAGCCUGCCGCCGACCUCACCUGCGAAUACGCUGCUAUUAAGUGCUAACAUCCAGCUGCGGUUCACCUGGUGCGUCCCCUCAAAUUCAGGGCAGCCCCACGGCCUGGGCAACACACUUGGCCAGGCUGGGUGAACUCCCUACCCCUGACUCUGGGAAUUAGGCUCCAAAUUCAGAGGUUUUCUGGAUCUGGAUUCUUAGAGGAGGCCCCGUAAAUGAGACAUUCACGGGGGCGGCGCAGGGAUCAAAGGGUGGAGGGAGAUGCUAAGGCCCAGCUCCUGGAAGGGAUUUUGGUGCCUAACUCUCCUGGGCUUCCGCCCCGUGGAAGGGCUGUUUCUGUCACUUCCCAUUGACUCAAUGGACAUUCCAGGCUUCAGCGCAACGCAGACACAGCGCGGCUCUGCUGGACUCACACUAUAAAGCUUUAGAACUAAAACACAAAGCAUCGAUUGUCCUGUUGUAGCCGCGUGGCCCCGGAUUGUGAGAGAGACAAGGUGGGAUAUGGUGAAAUCGACAUUUACUGCCAUUGAGCAAUGAAAAUAAUUUAAAUCUUCCAAGCCUACAUGUCUUUAUGCCUGGCCAAGCUUCCAUGUGAUACCAGCCUUCUAGCCAAUAACCGAGAACCGCCCUUAUCCUAAGCUAAUGCAUCGAUUUCUUUGUGGUGGAUUCUAGGCUCAGCUGCCAAACCUCUUACUGAACAGUCGUUCACUUAGUACUUUCGCUUAGUACGUCCACAGGCCUGCAGGAUUUGGUUUUUAGUGGUAAAUGUCAAUUUCACCGGCUCUCACCAACGGCCAAAACAUAUUUCCCCUGAUAAUAAUUGACAUUGGCAGAUGGGCCAGGUAAGAAAACUAAGGCUUGAGAACCUAGUGUUUGAUUUAAGGAUAUUGAGUUGGCUAUUUUGACCAGGGAUGUUGACAAUUGGUGUUUUAAGAGUUGUAAAGUGUUCACUCUUUCAGACUCUACACAUGCAGUCAUGAAAUAAAUAUUGGCUGACACCUCCCCCUCUCCACAAUUCCCUGCAAUCAGGACAAUUUAAAUUGAUAAAAUUAGUUUAAAGGCCAAAAUUUUGCACAGAUAUGAAAAUUUAAAAUCAAUCCAAAUUUGAAACAUGCUUAAGAAUAAAUAUCGAUAUUGUCUGUUGAACUUAGGGCUGUGGAUUAAUCGCAAUUAA